UCCUUGUACAGAUUAGUUUGGGACUUUGGGAGUCUUGGAUACUCUUGCCCCCUUUUGGCAAGUCUAUUCCGAUCAGUCCCCCUCUUACGUUUCCCUUUCACUUCUGUCUUUUUUGUCUGUACUCUUCUUUGUGCCUCCCCAGCCUCAAGUACAGAUCCAGUUUGUAGUUUUGCUUUGCCAAUCAGCUGGCCUUUGUCACCCGUCACCUGUACUUGUAGCUUAAAGCUUCAAAUUCAUUAAUAUGCCCAAACCUUUUCUCCUGGAACUCCCGCCUACGUUACAAUUUGCAGAAAUUGUGUCCAAGUCUCUCUCUUUUUCUUCCAACGGAGUCAUCAAGAUAACUCAAUUUGCACUACUAUAUUUUUAUUUAGUCCAAUGAUUCAACGCCUUGCUGAAGUUUGAUUAAGCUACAGACCCCACCAUUUCAUCUUCUUUUUCCCAAGUCCAAAGACUCCAAACCAUCUCUAUCUACCUGUCUAAAUUCUCGCACACUCUCUAAAAUAACACAGCACAAAAAAAAGAAAAAGAGCUCAGAACCAUAAGUUCUCUCAUUUCUCACUGCCAAUAUGCAUCUUCUAUUACUCCUGAUCUUGGUUUUACUCAUUAGCUUCAUCUUGAAAUUUGUGUAUUCGAUCAUCUGGGUCCCAUUAAAAAUUCAACGUCACUUCCGGAAACAGGGGAUUGAGGGUCCGGACUACCAUCCAAUCUUUGGAAACACGGCCGAGAUCAGGCGGCGGAUGAUCGCUGAAGCUGAAGCAGAGCCCAUAUCUUUCGUCUCUCAUGAAAUAGUUCACCGGGUGAUGCCACACUACUAUAACUGGUCAACGCUGUAUGGCAAGACUUUUCUAUACUGGUUCGGGCCGAAGCCCAGAUUGGCGGUAGCCGACCCAGACAUGAUCAAAGAGAUUUUGCUCAACAAUACCGGGUCCUAUGAGAAAGUCAAGUUCAACCCUUUGUCUAAGUUGCUAUUUGGAGAGGGACUUGUUAGGCUGAGUGGUGAGAACUGGGCUGUGCACAGGAGAAUCACCAGCCAGGCCUUCAAUAUGGAGAGAAUAAAGGAUUGGGUUCCAGAAAUGGUGGAUAGCACUAAAAUGAUGCUGGACAGGUGGGAGAAAGAAAGAGGAGAAAGAGAUGAAUUUGAAGUGGACGUGUUUAAAGAACUGCAUAACCUCUCAGCUGAUAUCUUAUCAAGAACAGCUUUUGGAAGCAGCUUUGAGGAAGGGAAGCGUAUUUUCCAGUUACAAGACCAGCAAGCGAGCCUUGUUUUGCAGGCCAUAAGAAGUGUAUACAUACCUGGAUUCAGGUUUUUGCCAACGAAGAAGAACAGAAUGAGGAGAAGGUUGGAGAAGGAAACUCGAGACUCAAUUAGGAAAUUGAUUGGCAAUAGUACCAAUAUUCAGGAAAACCCAAAAGCUUUGCUUGCAUUACUAAUGUCUCCAUACAAGAACCAGAAUGAUGAACAGGAGAGAUUGAAUGUGGAGGAAAUCACAGAUGAAUGCAAGACAUUCUAUUUUGCUGGAAAGGAGACAACUGCUAAUCUCUUGACCUGGAUAUUCAUCCUUUUAGCAUUGCAUCAAGAUUGGCAAAACGAGGCAAGGGAAGAGGUCUUAAGCACAUGUGGAGACAAUAAACUUCCCUCUGCAGGGAAUUUAGCUGACCUCAAAAUCGUGAACAUGAUUAUAAACGAAACUCUGCGACUUUACCCCCCAGCUGUGAUGUUGAUGAGGCAAACAUCUAAGGAUGUCAAGCUCGGGAGCCUCGACAUUCCGGCUAAUACCCAAUUCUAUUUGGCCAUGACUUCUGUACACCAUGACCCUCAAAUAUGGGGAGAAGACGCAAACAAAUUUAACCCUCUGAGAUUCGCUAACACUAGAAAGCAUAUAGCUUCAUUCUUUCCAUUUGGAUUGGGUCCAAGAAUUUGUGUUGGUCAGAAUCUGGCUCUGGUUGAGGCAAAAAUUGUCCUGGCUGUUAUCAUCAGACAAUAUUCUUUCGUGCUUUCUCCAUCUUAUGUUCAUGCUCCCAUGCAAGCUAUGACCCUACAACCUCAGUACGGUGCACAGAUUAUCUUUAGCAGGAUUCAACGCUGAGGUUUACUCGUUUCGAGUGUUCCUUUCUUUUUCUUUUGUUUUAUUUCCUUUCCCCAAACAGGUUUAAGCGUAUUUAUUCCUAUAUGUUAGCGGAGUACGUGCGGUUUUCUUAUGUAAUUGUAAUAGAACUGUAAAAGUGCCUGUAACUGCAGCACCAUAUACGUUUUGUGAUCGAGUAUGAAAACAAAAUCAGUGCUUUAUUAGGAGAAUUUAGUUAGGCUAAACCAAAGAGAAAAGUUAAUUUGUUUUGGCUGUUUACAUUUUACGCAA